AUGCCUUCGAGCCUGGCGGAUCUCCAGACGGAGCAAAAGAACUCUAAGACAUGGGACAUUGACAUUGUAUCAACUACUCGUCUCUGCGAGGUGAUCAAUGAAGAGGACGCAACAGUCUCCAGGGCUGUUCAGAAAUGCCUGCCGCAGAUCGCAGCCACGAUCGACAUGAUUGUUCCCCGGCUAUUGGUAGGCGGACGCGUCAUCUACACUGGCGCUGGAACGAGUGGACGGUUAGGAGUCUUGGACGCCUCUGAGAUCCCCCCGACUUUCUCAGCACCGCUGAAUCAAUUCAUUGGGUUGAUUGCAGGCGGCGAUCAUGCAAUUCGAAACGCGGUUGAAGGUGCUGAAGAUUCCGAACCAGAUGGUGCGGCUGAUCUCAUCCAGUUGACACCGACGCUGAGUAAGGACGACGUUGUCGUUGGGAUUGCCUCGUCUGGGAGGACUCCGUACGUGCUUGGAGGGUUGAAAUAUGCCCGCUCCGUUGGCGCUGCCACGGUUGGACUGGCAUGCGUACAGCCAAGUUCGUUGAAAGGGCUUUGUGAUGUCCUGAUUGAGUGCGUCACAGGGCCCGAAGUUGUAACAGGAAGUACUCGGCUCAAGGCUGGAACGGCCACAAAAAUGAUACUCAACAUGAUCUCAACCGGAUCACAAAUCAAAAUUGGGAAAACUUUCGGCAAUUUGAUGGUGGACUUGAAAAUGUCGAACGAGAAGCUACGUGACAGGGCAAGACGCGUUGUUCGGACGGUGGUGCCAUCUACGGCAGCGCUUGAUAUCAACAAAGAGGAUGUUCUAGACCAAGUCUUAGCCAACUGCGAUGGCCAUGUCAAGCUCAGCAUCCUAGUAGCUACUUUAGGCUGUUCGCCGGAAGAGGGUAGGUUAAAGUUAGAGGCUUACCACGGAUCAUUGAGACAUGCACUGGAAAUGAAAUAA